GGCCUCUUUGUCCAAUAGGACGACUUCCUUGAACAGCCAAUCAUAAGCGUCUUUCUCGAAUCUUCUGCAUUAAGUAUUGAACGUGACUGGAGAAAAAAUCUCUCCCUCCUUCUUUUUUCUUUAUGCCAACUAUUAAAAAACAACGUAACUAUAGAAAAAAACAAGUUGAUUCUGAUGAUGAAUCGACCGUUGCUGUUGAAUCGCCUAAAGAAGUCAGUGCUACCAUUGAAGAAUUAAACGAGUUACGCAAACUACGACGUAAACCCGUUGGAUUAGAUGCAGAGAAGUUAUUAAAAGGAAUCAAGCGAAAAAAGAAGAAGGCGACAGUUGAUCCUAACGCUUGGAGUUUAAAGGCGGGUGGAUUAAUCGAUCCUGAUUCCUAUAGAGCUAAAUUAGAUGAUGAUGAAUCUGCUAGUACGGCCAAAAAACUUAAAUUAGACGCUUUUGCUACAGCAACAAACAUACUGGAUGUGGAUAAGCACAUGAUGGCUUAUAUUGAAGAUGAAAUGAAGAAAAGAAGAGGAGGCAAUCCCGAUCCUCGAGAUGAUGAAGAGGAAGAAGUUGUAGAUGCUGGCCUUGUUGAUAUUUAUGAAGCAUUGUAUCAACUUCCAGAUAGGCUCAAAGCAGGCAAAAAAGUGGAACAAGAAGGCAAUGUGCAAGUGUCGACACAAAUGUUGACCGCUAUUCCAGAAGUAGAUUUAGGGAUUGAUACUCGACUACAGAAUAUUGAAGACACUGAAAAAGCAAAAAGAAAACUUAUUGACGAUACAGAAAAAGAAAAAAGCGAACCACAUUCAAAAGAAGAUUUUCAUGUGCCUGCUAACUUCGAGAAACAAAUACCAAAGCAAUAUAAGCCUAGACUAGAUCACAAACUGAUGGCUACAGAUGAUCAAGCUGUUGCCAAAUUUAAAAAGAGAAUGAGAAAAUAAACAUAGUUGAUCAAAGUGACAGUAACAAGAUGAUAGCAGCUUUCAAAGCAAAAAGGAACUCAAUCGUAGCCAAUCAAUAGGUUUUUGUCCCUUUCAUUUCUUUUCUAUUCCAUUUGUUGGCACGCUUAUUACACUCUAUAAGUUGAGAAUCCCUGCUACUGCUACGACUCUCAAAUGACAAGAUUUAUCGUGUACUUUAUUUUAUACUUUAUGUAAUAUGACAUUGCUUAUAUUCUUGCUCAAGAUAUUUAAUACUUCUUUUCUUUAAAUACACAAAAAAAAAAGUCAUUCAAAGAGUGAAUUAACGCUUUAUUAUC